CAAAGGAAAAUAUUUUUACGCGAGCCCGGAAGGCAGGCGCUCCUUCGUUGCUAAAAAUCAUUCUUUUGCUUAGAUUUAAAUCCACAAAUCUGCGAUAUGGCAGGAGUAAUUAAGAAGGCGACCGGAUUGACUGGCAUGCAUGUGGCGAAAAAUCCGCACCACACACUGACGGCGCUGUACAAUAAGAUCCUUCGCGCUGUCGCUAAGAUGCCCCAGGAAGCCGCAUACCGACGGUACACCGAGCAGAUCGUGUCGGAUCGAGUCAAAAUUGUUGCUACGACGCCAAGUGUUGUGGAGAUCGAGCAGAAGAUAAACUGCGGCCAGGUGGAGGAACUGAUAAUCCAAGCAGAAAACGAACUGACCCUCGCCCGCAAGAUGCUCGGAUGGAAGCCUUGGGAACCUCUGGCAAAGCAAGCCCCCGCCACUCAGUGGGCCUGGCCACCGGCCAAUUUGCCUGAGCUAAAGUAAACGUCCCACGUCGCCGAUCGAAGUAGUUCCGAUUUCCCGUAUCCUUGGACACAUCCGUAGGCAAUGCAAUGAGAAGCAUAUGUUAGUGUGGCAUAUGUGUAAAUAAAACACGUGUGGCAAUGGAACGA